AUGCCAAAGAUCCCUGGCAUUUCUUCAUUUACGAGCAAGAAGCUUGAAAAAGACACCGCGACGGAAGGACUGAAAAAUGACCUGAUUAUCCGUGCCGCUCGUGGUGAAAAGACGGAGCGCACCCCCGUGUGGGUGAUGCGGCAAGCCGGUCGUUACUUGCCUGAGUUCCGCAAGCUGCGUGCUGAAUACGAAUUUUUUAAGUGCUGCCGUGAUCCUGAGCUCGCCUCUGAGAUUACAUUGCAGCCUAUUCGUCGAUACGAAGGUCUGAUUGAUGCCGCUGUGAUUUUCUCGGACAUUCUCGUUGUGCCACAGGCCAUGGGCAUGGAAGUUGAAAUGAUCCCAGGCAAGGGUCCUAGCUUUUUGGACCCUCUAAACACGCCCAAGGACAUGGAUCGGCUGAAGCGUGUGGAUGUUGAGAAAGAUCUGGGUUAUGUGCUGGAAGCUAUUCGCCUUACGAAGAUCAAACUCGCUGGCCGUGUUCCCAUUAUUGGUUUCUGUGGCUCGCCUUGGACGCUCAUGGCCUAUAUGAUUGAGGGUGGUGGCUCUAAGACCUGGGAGAAGGCGAAGCGUUGGAUCUUUGAUCACCCCGAAGAGAGUAAGCGUCUGCUGAAGCGCAUUGCGAGUGUAUGUGCUGAGUUCUUGGUCGCUCAAGUGCGUGCAGGUGCUCAACUCCUGCAGGUGUUUGAUUCCUGGGCUGGUGAGCUGACACCGGACGAUUUCCGCACAUUCUCGCUUCCGUAUAUGACAUCCAUUGCGACGGAAGUGAAGGACACUCUAGCGACGACGCCGCUAACGCCACCUCCCAUGAUCGUCUAUGCCAAGGGCGCUGUCAACCACUCUCUGCCUGAACUGUGCAAGGCUGGCUACGAUGUCAUUGGUAUUGAUCACACCGUCACACCGUCGUGGGCCCGUAAGGUCGUCCACGACUCGGAGACGAGUGCCAGGAAGUUCAAGACCGUGGAAGCAACGCGCUGUGGCAACCAUCGCAUUGCCUUGCAGGGCAACCUGGACCCUGCUGUGCUGUAUGCCAAGCCCGAAGUGAUCUAUGAGCGUGUGCGUCGCAUGUUCCAAUCCUCGACAAGCGGCUUUGGCGGCAACGGUGCAUUGAUUUGCAACUUGGGCCAUGGUAUCACACCGAAUGUCGACCCUGAGCACAUGCGUGCUUUCCUCAUGGCCGUACACCGUGUCAGUCGCGAAGUCAUUGCCGAUGAUGACGCGUAA